AUGUCGACCCUAGGCCCCGAGCUUAGUCGAAACCCAUCCCAUCCGCCGAUGCGAGUAGUUCGACCCCCCGAGGGCCCCCAGUACACCUAUGAUAUACCUGGUGAUAACAAAAGUCGGGUUAGAAGGGACUUGACGCCUUUUCAGGUAUUCAUGAUUACCCUCAAUGCAACAUUGGGUGUCGGGCUCUAUUGGCGGGCUGGGCAAAUCUUGGAGCUCGCAGGGCCCGUUGCCGUGCUAGUAUCUUUCAGUGCAAUCACGCUUCUAGCUUGGGCCGUUAUGCAAUGCAUCAGUGAAAUGCUUGGUCGAUGGCCUAUCCCCGGUGCGCUUUCUGUCUUCGUUAGCAACUUUGUGGACUAUGAGCUUGGAAUCGCCGUUGGUAUUAUGUACUGGCUUACAUACUCAGUUUCUUUUGCUGCCUUGAUCGCUACGACCGCUGGCGAAAUAAGAUUCUGGAUAGGAAAGGAAGCAUUUGAUGUGAUCAUCAUAUACAUCACAAUUCCGCUCGUCCUCAUUCUCUUGAAUUGUUUUUCAGUUAAGUAUUACGGUUGGAUUGAAGCCUGCUUCGGGAUUAUUAAAAUUAUAUUUCUCUUCACCAUCAUUAUAGCUAUGAUCGUCCUUGCAAGUCUACCCAGCUCGCAUGAUGUUACAGUUUAUAAUUGGGACAAUACCACGGCUUUCGAUGCCAACACUUCGUCUACAAGAGGCCCCGCGUUCCUCACCGCUAUAUCUACAGCUAUCUUCGCGUUCGUAGGUGUUGAAAUUGUCGCCGCCUGCGCCCUAGAAGCAAAGCCACAUAUCCCGAACAUAACUGCGAAUGCGAAUACCGAACCUGAAAGGACAGCCCGGACCACAGUCAUGAGCUCUCAAACCAAAUUCUCCCUGGUUUAUUUCUCUCUGAUAGUCGGUGCCGCUUAUACUGUGAGCGGUGUCUUGACCACCUUCAGCGUUCGUCGCGACGCCUGCGGUCUUCCCCGUCUCAGCUGGCUCAACUCCGAGUGCAGCGGAUCAAGCGAGAACAUAAAAGCCACAUCGGUCUUCGUUCUAGCUGCUGAACUUGCGAAUUUGACCGAGCUAGCAAAUGCUUUCAAUUUCUUUCUCGUUUUCACGGCGCUGUCCUCCGCCCAAACCAAUCUCUAUGUUGCCUCGAGGGCGUUAUUUGGGCUUGCCACGCAACUACGCAAAAGCGAGGAUAGAUUUCUGAACUAUCUCUCUUGGUUCGGAGAGACCAACCAUAGGGGUGUACCUAUUCGUGCUGUGACACUGUCAGCUCUAGCCUUUAUUUGGGUGCCUUUCCUUCAGCUUCAGGGCUAUCGUCAGAACACCCAAAAGCAGACUUCUAUGCUUGCUUCAGUGGGAAUCUCUAGCUUCAUCGAUAUUCUAUCUGAACUGGCCUCGGUAGGUGUUAUUAUAGUCUGGGCGAGUCAAUGCGUCGCAUUUCUAUCAUAUUAUCACCAUCUCAAGAAGAACGACGAAUAUCUUCGCAGUGACAGUCUCAACUACAUAAAUCGAAAGGAUCACACGAAGUACCCAUUUCGCAGUCAUUUUCAACCUAUUUUAGGGUAUCUCGCUUUCACAGGGUGCCUAUUCAUUCUCAUAGUGUUAGAUUCAGCCUCGUUAUAUAACGGUUUCUACGUCGAGCCAUUCCUGUCACACUUUCUUGCAGUCUUCCUAUUUGCCGUGUUAUGGAUUUUAUUGAAAGUAUAUAGACGUCGUUAUCGAUCUAUGUACUUUUUCGAUGUGAAGCUAGCUGGGGACGGCUUCGAUGAGACAUUACGUCGACUCUCAGAGUUAUCCAAGCAAUGA